GACUGAUUAAUAGAUGUUUAAUUCUUAAUUGAAGUCUAUGGGAUUUUGGCUUCUUGGAGCCAGUGGGUACUUACUCCAUCCAGUAAUCAUAUACUAUGGUCGGGGAGGACACUUUUUCCACUGGACCCAUGUUUAUAUCACAUAAAAUGUCUCAAGAAAAUUUGAAUAAAUAAGAAAAUGCAAUAAAAAUAUGUAUUAUCGUAAAAAUCAUCCAUUUACCAUUGUUGUAUUGUACCGGCUGACAACAGCAAAGAGGUUCUUGAUUGGCUAAAGCUGCAUUUACACCGGAUGCAUCAAGACAAUAAUACAAAUUUCCUCUAGUUUUAUUUUUAUCCUCUCAGGUUAAUGCUCAAACAAGGAGAGAUGGAAGUAGCGUUUAAAACGUACACCACACCAGGAGAGACUCUGAAUGAUCUGAUGAAUCCAGACACACCAACAUGCUUUCCAGCGUCUCUGUAGACCUCUCUAAAGCAUAUAAACCCAAGCUACUCGCUCAACAUCAUCCAUGUUUUCCAUGAUGUGGUAAUAAAGUCCACAAAAGCUUUGGCGGCUGCUCCAUGCAGUAACUUUUAUGUUUGUCAAAAGUGAGGUGAUAGAUUCAAAUUUGAUGCGUCUGGUGUGAAAUGCAGCGUAAAGGAAUUUCUUAAAAAAUGAGGCAUAGAAGAGGUACUGUAAAGGGAAAAUUAAACAGUAAAAACCCACUAAAAAUGUAGUACGGUUUACAUGUUAAAGUCAAACCUUUAAGGAUCUCAUUUUUUAAACCAAGACAGACCACUAUCUCACCAGACCACAAGCCCAUCUGACCAUAAUCUCACAAGAAAGUCAAUGAAAUGUAAUCCUUUAAAGUACUUCCUUCCAUUCAUCCAAUUUUAAAUUGGUCAAAUUGAUUUUGUAUUCAGUGCUGAUCUUUUCUUUUUUGAAGAAAGUAAAAGAAGAAAUGUCAAAAUAAAAAAAUAUUCAAAAACACAUUAAAGAGUUCCAAAUAUUUAAUCUUCAAAUACAGUUUCCUCCUUUAUUUCCAAAAAACACGUUUGACAAACAUUAAAAACACAUGUAGAUAUAAUAAUUGGCAUUUAAGGCAACAAUAAAAAAGGGGGGAAUUUUAUUGGCAUAUUCUAGAUAUUUAAAAAUAUUCCAAACAAUAACAUUUAAAACAAACAAAAAAAGAAGUAACCUGGAUGGCCACAAAUUUGAGGAAAUGAAUAAAAACAAGUAAAGAAACUUCUAAAAACACAGGAUGAUUCUUGUCAGAAUUAGGUUAUUUUUCCUUAGUGGAGGCCACAUUUUUAGUGGCAAAGUUCUCACUAAUUUAUUAAUCAUAAAGUGAAUUUGUUGGAAGACUAUUAAAGUCUUCUUUUAGGAUUCAUUUGUGAGAAGUUUAAAGACAUCUGUAAAAUCCUUUCGGUUCUACUUCAUUGUGUUGCUUGGCUUCAUGCUUCUGAAAUAUCAUGUGACUGGCAAGAACGGAAACGCCUGUCUUGACUUAUCAGACGUCAUUCUGCGUGAAAGAGCACAGCAAAUGUUUUGGGUGGAAAGGAAAGGAGGAAGAGAAAAAAAAAGAAGGGAGGGAUUUGGUUUGUUACCCCUUUUUUUUUUUAUAAGGGGCGUCAAUGAUUUAUGGUUGGCUUGCUCUAGCUAUCAAACCCAGAACUUGUGUGGGUUUGAGGAGAAGGAGUUCCAGAGAACAGAAGCGUCGACAUCCCGGCUUCUGUUCAGAAGGUGUGAGAUGAACCUGUGAGACAGUUGACAGAUUAAGGGGUUGUCAGAACAGCAGAGAUGAGGCCCAUUCCUUGGAUUUUGACUAUUGCCGCCCUGUUUUCGGUGGUGUGGAGCAUUGAAAAAGGAACUAAUGAAAAUCCCUCUGUGAUCCCAACCAAACCCUCUCAGCCGUCUAAGUAUUAUGCAAACAGAAGAGAAGUUUUUAAUAUUGGGACCAAUGUUAUUCUAAUGUGCAGUAAUAAGACGUGGAACGAAAUAUUUUAUGUUACUUGGAAUAUAACCGUUAGAGGUCACUCCUGCAGGAUCUCCUCUAGCAAUGAUGGUCAAAAAAGUGUGAACACCUGCAAAGAUGGAAAAUCCCUCCAAAACACUUCCAGGGUUCAGCCAUACCUCCACAUCCCAAACUUCUCCGCGGAUGAUGUGGGACUGUAUAUGUGCGAAUCUCCUUACAAUGGUGGAAGUGAAAAUUACAACAUCAACGUGUCAAUCACAGUUGCUCCAAAAAUAUCCGCCUGGCUCGAGGGCAACGACAGCGACAUGGUGGCGUUCUGCAGAGCCGAGCAGGGAAACCCUGCCGCCAACAUCAGCUGGAGUCCGGCAGUAAACACGUCUGUCGAGAUCACACAGGAGUCCGACGGGUUUUUUACCGUAGAGAGUCGUCUUUCCGAGGAGGAAUUUCCAGAAAACUUGACUUGUAUUAUCAGCCACCAGUUGUGGAGUCAGGACAAGACUUUGGUACCAGACUGGAAUAAAACAAAGACAGUGGCAAAAGCUCAUCUAGCCUUGGCGUAUACAGGUGUUGUUGGGGUCGUCCUUGUAAUUUUGGCAGGAUUUUUGUAUUUUGUACUAAAGAAACCAACUUUAUUACCGCUCUGUCAACAGACAGACACCUCUAGAUCUAAACCACCUGUGACAGAUGAGGUGGAAGAAGUGGAGCCCUAUGCUAGCUACGUUCAACGCGUGAACUCGAUCUACAACUAAUCUGAAGGCGCGUUUGCACGAAAACCCUGCACAUGAAUCAAGGUCACACAUCUAAACGCACUUCUUGGGACGUCUUGAAAACCUGGAGGCUGUGAAACCGAGAAGAGCUGGAGUAAAACAGAAAGGCAUGACGAGGACGAGAUCAAAGGCGGGUUUGAUAUAAACCCCGCCUUGGAAAAUUGUAAAGACAUACGGAACAGGGGAUGUACAAAAUGUUACGAUUCGGUCUCCGUUCAGGGCACUUGCUGCCCACGAAUACUACAAAUAACAUGAGUCAUCGUUUUGGAUGAAGAAUGCAAAGGCUCAAACUAAUUACUUCCUGUUGAGGAAAGAACCAGUACACUGUUUUUAGAGAAAGUAUUUAUAAAUCAGCUGUAAAAAGAUGCUAAAUACAAAUAUGUAAUUAAAUCGUGCAAUUUGUGCAAGCAGUUUUUUUUUUGGGAUAGUGUAAAUAACUUUUAUUGCACAAUGUAAUAAAGAAUAUUUAAACAAUGAAUCUCUGCUAGUGUUUUGGAAGAAUCAUUGACAAUUUAAGAAGAUGUGACUGUUGGCCUAAAAGUCAGAUAUAAUUAAAGCUAAGAUGGUUGGACUUGUGGUAUUUAGAUAAUCACCUUUAGGAUGAUUCUAACGUGAAAUCUGGAUAGGAUAAAAUAAUCUCAAACAAAAGAUUGCCGGUUGGCUACACGCCUACUUUUUAUCACCUGCUUGACUGUUAACAGGAUAUUAGCUGAGACUGUGAAACGCGAAAAGACAAGUAAGCUUGUUCUGCCCUCUGCUGGUAGGAGAUGAAAUAACCACAUUACUGUGAUGAUCACACUGUGAUGAUCAAAAAUGUCUAUUCAGUUUGUUGAUUUAGUUAGUAAAAAAAAAA